UGCAACUCGACGCCAUGCUUGCGGUCCUCGCGCUGAGCGCUGGCCACGUCAGCGCGUCGCUCUUCGGAGGGCCCGCGCUCAAUGAAAGCUGCAAAAGCGUCGUCUACAAGGGGCCGAUGGGCUCGUCCCUGAACGCGUUCCGGCAGGCUAAGGCCGCGUUUGCAUUCGAAGACCUCUGCUUUGUCGAGGAGGUUGUGCCCGACCCCCUCUCGUCGUCGAGCCUGCUCUACUACCCCAAGCACGACGCCUUCUCACCACGCACAUGCCUCUUGCCCGGGUUGCCCCCGCCGCAGGUGUUUACAGAAGGUCCAGUGACGCACGACGCGAUCGUCGCGUUCGUCAACCGCCAUGCCCACACGUUCCGCGCUCUCGAUGGCUCGCUGCAGCCGAUCGCUGCGACCGCCAACGCCCUCGAGUCGAGCCGAUAUACCGUUCCGCGUUCAACCACAGACCGCUCGUGCAAGGUCGUUGACGCCAGCGAGAUGACGACAGCGCGCUUCCGCGACCACGUUCUCCGCAACGAACCGCUCAUCAUUCGAAACGCAGCGACUACUGCGAUGCGUAGCCCGGCGUGGUCGACGGAGCGUCUCCUCGAGCGGAUCGGGCGCAACGACGUGCAUGUCAAAGUGUCGCCGACCGGUGACUUUGAAGGCUGCGAGCCGCUCGCGUGGUGGUCAACGGCUGAGGACGCAGCGAUCCCAGACUUUGUCGCCGCCCACCUUGAAUCGCCCGACCGCGUCCUUGUCCGGCCGGCCGCCGCCAACAUGCCCUUUGCCGACUUUAUUGGCAAGCUGCGGGGAGCGACCAACUCGUCGACGUCGUACUACCUCGAGUAUCUCUCGCUGACGACGUAUGUGCCCGAGCUCCUCUCGGAUAUUCCAUCGUACCCCUGGGCCGACUUUUUGACGCUCGAAGUCCAAAACCUCUGGUUUGGCGAUGGCAAAAGCGUGGGUAAACUGCACUUUGACGCGUAUGAGAAUAUCAUGGUCAUGGUCGCGGGCUCGAAAGAGUUUGUGCUCUUCGAUCCGUCGGACAAUCGUCGGCUGUAUGAAGGCCACAUCCGCGAGGCGCAGUACGACAUUGAUGACGACGGUGUCAUAUCUCGCACGCGACUCCUGCAGUCGACCUCGAUGGUCAACAGCCCCGUCGACAUCAACAGCCCAAACGACAUGCACACGUACCCGCGCUUUCAAGACGCCACGCCACUGCGCUGCACGAUCCACGAAGGCGACGCGCUCUUCCUCCCGUCGUUUUGGUGGCACGAGGUCACGUCGUCGCCGGCCACCGACGAGCCGCGCAACGUCGCCGUCAACUUCUGGUAUUCGCCUGUGUACCACCGCGGUUUUCCGUGCCCGACGUGCCGGCUGCACUUCAACACGCAGGCGUACGCGUCGCUGCUCGAGGCCGAGCACAUGGCGCGCCACCCGCCCAAGGACGAGCUGUAAUUUCACAAGACAAUAUGUCGUAUCGAUGGGUCUAUUU